AUGAAAUUUCCAAUUGAGAAUCCAAGAAAACAGGUGAACUGGGAUCCUCAAGUGGCUGUUCCCGCACCAGUGCCGGCUUGUGUGCCUGAGCCCAUACCUAACAUACAUUACCCAUCUCCACAAUUCUCCGUUUCCUCCCGAUCCACUGUUGUUGCUGCCAUGGAAGCCCCUUCUCAAGGCCGGCAGAAAGUCAUGGAUUGGAGAGCAGUGGUGGCCAUCUUUGUCGUGGUGGUAGUUUACCUAGUGGCGGGAGGACUCGUCUUCCGUGCCCUGGAGCAGCCCUUUGAAAACAGGCAGAAGCACACAAUCGCGUCAGAGAAGUCUGACUUUCUUCGGGAGCACGUUUGUGUAACUGAGCUGGAGCUGGAGACUCUGAUUCAGCAUGCUGUUGAUGCUGAUAAUGCAGGAGUAAGUCCCAUCGGAAAUUCCUCUAACAGCAGCAGCCAUUGGGACCUUGGAGGUGCCUUUUUCUUUGCUGGAACAGUCAUCACAACCAUAGGGUACGGGAAGAUGGCCCCAAGCACUGUUGGUGGCAAGGUUUUCUGCAUCUUGUAUGCCCUAUUUGGGAUUCCACUGUUCGGCUUCUUGCUUGCUGGUAUUGGAGACCAACUUGGAACAAUCUUUGGGAAGAGUAUUGCAAGGGUGGAAAAGGUUUUCAGAAAUAAACAAGUGAGUCAAACAAAGAUCCGGGUGAUCUCCACCAUCGUCUUCAUCCUGGCAGGCUGCAUCGUUUUUGUGACCAUUCCUGCAUUUGUCUUCAAAUACAUCGAGGGAUGGACAGCCUUGGAGGCCAUUUACUUUGUAGUUGUUACUCUGACCACUAUUGGCUUUGGUGACUUUGUAGCAGGAGGAAACCCUGACAUCAAAUACAUGGAGUGGUAUAAACCGUUAGUGUGGUUCUGGAUCCUUGUUGGCCUUGCCUACUUUGCUGCAGUCCUGAGUAUGAUUGGAGACUGGUUAAGAGUCCUGUCCAAGAAGACACAAGAAGAGGUUGGAGAAAUAAAAGCCCAUGCAGCAGAGUGGAAAGCAAACGUGACGGCUGAGUUCAGAGAGACGCGGAGGCGGCUCAGCGUGGAGAUCCAUGACAAGCUGCAGCGGGCAGCCACCAUCCGGAGCAUGGAGCGCCGGCGCCUGGGCCUGGACCAGCGAGCACACUCCUUGGACAUGCUCUCUCCGGAGAAGCGCUCCGUCUUUGCCACCUUGGAAACAGGACGCUUCAAGGCCUCCUCUCAGGACAGCAUCAACAACAGGCCUAACAACCUGCGCCUUAAAGGGUCAGACAAGCUCAACAAGCACGGGCAGGGGGCAUCCGAGGACAACAUCAUCAACAAAUUCGGAUCGUCCGCUAAGAUGACCAAAAGGAAAAACAAAGACCUCAAAAAGACCAUGCCUGAGGAUAUGCAUAAAAUUUAUGAGACCUUCAGAAAUUAUUCCUUGGAUGAAGAGAAAAAGGAAGAGGAGAAAGAGAAGAUGUGUAAUUCCAAGAACACUUCUAGCACUCCAGUUCUGACCAACUGCAUCCAGCAGCACUCAGACCUGGAAAAUGGAGUGAUUCCCAAUGAAACCAAAGAAAGGGAGCAUAAAAACAAAGUGUUAAUUUAAAACAGAAGUUAAAUGUAAAAGAUGCUUGACUUGAAUUAAUGAUGUUGGUGUUUUUAUAUACAUGUAUAUUGAGACACGUGCCUUAUACAGACUCCUUAUUCAGUCUGAAUUAUAUAGCAUCGAAGAAUAUUUCACUGUGCCAUAAAGACUCAAGCUUGCUCUGCCAAAACAAAUCAGGAACACAGCACUGCAGAAUGGCAACAGAAAGCUACGCACAUGGAAACUUCAGCCUGUAUACGAUUACCAGGGCAAGACACAAAGGAAGGGAUUGAACCAUGGCAGAAUCACCAUAGGGCUCCUACCAUGGUGUGAUAUUAGACAAAGGGCAGCUAUGCAAGAAGAGCCUAUGAAAGGGAUGAAAAACAGCCUAUCUUUGUCAUGGAGUAUGCAUCCAUAAAGCCUUCCCCUGGUGAUUAAAAAGAGGAGAAAUGAUUGGAGUGAACUAGAAACUUUCAGUAAAGCUUAGUUUACGUUUUGGCACGUGAUCCAAGCUAGAUUUUUUUUCCUAUAUUUGAGUCAGAUGCAUUACCUUUCUAAAUGCCAAAAGAAUGUCCAUGGACACAGCCAGCAGCUGAAUGCUGGUUGGAAAAUCAACACAGACAUAAGUAAGGGUUGGAUUGAUCUUUUCAUUAAAAAAGAAAAAAAAAAAAGAAAAAAAUGAAAACAAACAAAAAAAAAUAAAACAAAAACAAAACAAAAACCUCUGUGGGUAUUUAUCUUAAGCAAUGAAAAAAAAACAAAAAAAAGAAAAGAAAUGUGGAUUUUCUUUUCUCAUGUAGGAAAAUUCAAUGUAAAAUCACAGCAAAAAAGUGCAUAUGAAGAAAAUACAACAUCUCAUGCUAUGUUGUUUAAAAGAAGAGAAACAUCAAUUUAAUGAUAUUUGGCUAGAAGUGUAAAACAGUAGGCCAACUUUUUUUUGAAAGAAUUUCUCAUUCACACUUUCUUCCACUCAAAAAAACCCUUCUAUUUUAAUGCUGUAAGACUAUAGGGACAGAAGGGAAGCUAUAGCUUUUGCAUGUCAGCAAACUGCUGUUCUCUAGCUGAAUCUGAAUUUUUAAAAAUAGACAUAAGAGCAUAUACGUGAUUCAAAUGGGGGCCAGGGCCACCAUAGAAUCUCAGGGCUCUCUGCUCCCUGUUGCUGGGUUUGGGUUAAACAUAGCUGCUGUCAUAAUCUCAGAAAAAAAAAAAAAUAAAAGAAAAAAAGAAAUUUAGGAAAAAAAUAUUGUGGUAACCUUUUAAGUGCUUAUAGCUUUAAGUGCCAUUAAUGUCAUAUUUUGUAACUUUUUAAACAAGUAUUUUGAAUUAUUUGGUUUAUUUCCUUUCAAAUGCUAUCUUUGUUGGAAAUUUGACCUCCUUUUUAUUGAUAAAAACUAAACAUGAGCUCUCUGCAUUUCUAGACUAAAGUGAAAUGUAACUAAACUGUAGACAUUUUAAAAAAUCCUUUGUGAUGGCUGGGCAUAUGGAUAUGAAAAAUAGAAUUGUGUCUAGGCUUCACGGUAAAUUUUCAAAGAAAAUGCUGCAAAAUAAUUAAUGGGAAUUGUAAAAUAUACUAAAUUUUUUAUAGUGUCAGGCUGUGGGCUACUGGGUGGGCCAUUGCAGAAAGAAGAUUUUGCAUGCUGGAAAUGAGAUACAUGGAUUGUACCAGCAAUGCUUUCCCCGAGCUUUCACAAAAUCGUAAAUAUUCUUGCAAUUCAACCUGUAGGCUUAUAGGUAAGGUAAGCAUGGAUGUUGAUUGCAGAGGCUCUUGCAAGCCAGUCAAACAUGCAGACAUCCACACGUCAUGCAGACACGGACUUUUGGAAUUGCAUGCUGAUGUCUACAUACACAAAAAUGCAUGUAUCAUUCCUUGAUACUUUCUGAGAUUUUUUACACAAUAAGAGAACUCAAAAUCAAACUGGCCACCAGAAUUAAAGAUUGCCAUGGCUAUGAAUUGAAACAUGGCAGUGUGAAUGCAAAUUCUGAGUAUAUAUAUUUGCAUAUCUAAUGAUUGCUGGAUUUGCAGAAGGGACCCAAAUUCCACUAGUGCAGAGGAGGAAAGAAGUUCUUAGUUGUUUCUCUGCUGGUUCACUUCUCUUGAAAUGUGUUAUCAUCUUUCUAAUUUCAUUAUCUGUCUGAAAAUCAAGGAUGAAAAAGCAAUGUUUGAAAAAUUUCAGGUCAUUUGGGAUUGCU